AUGUCCGCCGACGAGACCGCGCGCCCGGCGCCGCCAGCCCCCGAGGACGCCUCCCCGGGGACCAAGCUCACGUCGUGGGACUUCUUCCGCUCGAUGGGCUCGCCCAAGUUUCACGUGGCGCCGAUGGUGGACCAGUCCGAGCUCGCCUUUCGCGAGCUCUGCCGGCGCCACGGCGCGACGUGCGCGUACACCCCGAUGAUCCACGCCAGGCUCUUCGUCGAGGACCUCAAGUACCGAAAGGAGAUCUUCACGACCCACAUCAACGACCGGCCGCUGUUGGUGCAGUUUUGCGCCAACGACCCGGACAUGCUCCUGAAGGCGGCGUCCAUCGUCGCCCCGCACUGCGACGGAGUGGACAUCAACUUUGGAUGCCCGCAGCGAAUCGCCAAACGAGGACGAUACGGCGCCUUCCUCAUGGACGACUGGGAGACGGUCCAUAACCUGAUCAACAAGCUGGAUAAGCACCUGAGCGUGCCCGUCACGGCGAAGAUCAGGGUGUACGACGACCUGGAGACCAGCUUGAAGUACGCGAAGAUGGUGGAGGCGGCUGGGGCUCAGUUGAUUGCGGUGCACGGGCGGACUCGCGAGCAAAAGCGCGCCGCCGACGUCAGGGCCAACUGGGCGUUCAUAAGAGAGAUUAAGAAGCAGCUGAAGGUUCCGGUGCUGGCUAACGGGGACAUACGGACGCUGGCGGAGGCGGAGAAGUGCCUGGAGGCGACGGGCGCGGACGGCGUUCUCAGCGCGGAGCCCCUUCUCGAAAACCCGAGCCUCUUCUCCGAUCCUCCGCUGUACUCGCCGAGCGAUCCGGCGCACCCGUUGCCGGUCGAAGGGGACGUGAACUGCGAGCUCCUGCACGAGUACCUCGAGAUUACGCGGACGUACCAGACGCCGCUUCGCAUGGUCAAAGGACACGUGCACAACAUGGUCGGGUCGUGGCUGAAGGAGUUUACCGAUCUCAGGGACUGGCUCAACAAGACGCCGCACUCGGAGAUGACGGUCGAUAAGCUCCAGGCGUGGACGAAGGAGCUGCAGGGCCGGGUCAACCUCGUGAGAAGGAAC